AUGGAUGAAAAUUUUGAAAAUUUUGAGGAAUUUGAAAACAAUGAUAGCUUAGAAAACUAUAUAGCUGAAAUUGAAGAAGUUGAAAUAGAAAAAACUUUUAAUCUAAAUAUUAAUACUGAUGUGCAAAUAUCCGAAAUUGAAGAAUCUAAUACUGAAAGCUCAGAUCAUUAUACUUUCGAUGUCUGGCAUUAUGUAAAUAAAAAUGAUCCUAAAUGUCAUUAUUGUUUAACAUGUAAAUUUAUAUUUUCAUCAAAAACUAGUACAUCAAGUAUACGAGAUCAUCUUGUUAAGCAUAAUCUAUUAACUCGAAAAAGUCCUGUUCAAAUGCACUCUGAAAAAGAACAAUUAGAACAAUCAAUGCUUUUAGUCAAAUGGAUUAUUAAAGCAAUGCAACCUUUUUCCAUUGUGGAUGAUAUUUCAUUUUGUAAUUUUUUAAAUAAACUUGAUUUUUUAUUUGUAAUUCUAAAAUGUCAAGCAAUAUAUAACAAGAUACUUAAAAUGUUUACAACACAAUGA